AUGUGCACCUCACGCGUACUCCCUAUCAGGCUUCUGAGUUCGACCAUUAAUCUGCUGCUAUCUGCCUACAAGGAAGUGACGGGUGUCUUUUUGCGUUCGGCUGCAACAUACCGCACCCCCGAGGCCUUCGUUGACAAGGUUGGUAAUUUAUUUUUUUGGUAAUUUAAGAAUAUCACCUCGCCCUAUGUCAUUCCUUGAAAAAAUGUCUUCCAGUACAUAGUCCAGCCUACCAAUAGACAAGGAAAUUCAUGCAUAAGCAUAGACAAAAGGUCGUUUUCCAGUGCAGUAAUUUAAGCCGAAUUAAGUGCCUUAAGCGUCCUAGGCAACUGUUCAAAUGACGCCUGAGCUUUGGGUCGUUUACUCUGAAUGGAAUACUGGCGGCUUAUGGUCGUCCCUUGUGGUGGCUCGCAUAUCUCGUACCGCCUUUGUAGCAGUGGAUGUGAUGCAUGCUAUGUGAAGGGUUUUGCACGAGGUUUAUGACAUACAGGAGCCCUGCAAUCGACCGCGCCUUGGGCAGAAAAGGUGAGCUCUGGUGUUGUAAGCAGAAAAGGCCAUAAAACCUAGUUGAGGUUGUGACACCAACGGCUCGCUGUGAACUCCUUUUUUAGGAUUAAGAUGUGCUAUUUUUAAGUCGGCGUUUCAAGUACUAGAAUGUCUGAGAAAUCGUCUUGUUAUGUUUAUUGCGCCAUCCGAUUUUAUUAUAUCCUCCGUCGUACUGCAUGCAGACUGUACUUCAAUACAGUGACAGACAACUUAACGAUUUGUCUGCCAAUCCUUCCAGAAUGCUCUGGCAGUAGACGAGUGCGAUUUUGGUAGAUGGCUCAUGUCCAUGGCGACCGAGCGAUGUCCGACUGACUGCUGCGUUUGUUCAACCUGCCUACAAAAGACAACAUUACGGCCGUUGGACAGUGAAAGUGGAAGACCGGGGGCUUUGAGUUUUGACAUUCGUGACUUCUUAGAAACUCGGGAGAAAAAACUGCCAUGUCUUCCCUGAACGUUGUCCUCGUAACGACAUUCACCCAAAUGGUGAAUCAGUGGUUGCGAAACUGAUGAACAAAAAAUUAUGCAUAGGCAGAUAUUCUUCGGAGGUGAGGGACUUUGAGCAUCCGACUUCGCCGGGUCAAGGGCCUAUGAUAUUUUAAGAGGAAGUCUACCGUAGAUAAGGUAAAUAUUCACUUUGGCUCAACUGUGAAAACUCGGCGGCUCGGUGGGAUUCGAACCCAUGACUGUCAGGGGAAGGCUUUAGUACAGCCAACGCUUUAACUACCUGAGCUACGAGGCCCUGCCGGACGACGCGAGUUUAAUCACAUUUGGGUCACGUUACCGGCCCAAUCUACUGCAACGUCUGGAAUCAACCACCUCGAUAUAUAUAUAUUAUUAUUAUUAUUAUUGAGAAUCAGUGACAAAAGGAAUCAGCGCAGGUUAUUUAUGCCGAGUUUUAACCUCAGCGGCCUAGCUGUAAGCACUAGUGGUCCCCGAAAAUGGUCAAUUUUUUAAUCUAAAAUUCACACUUGCCAGUGAUUGUUUGUACCAGUUCUUCCGCUCACUUACUCAUCUUUGACGGAUGAAUUUUCGCAGCCACAAGACAAAUCAAAACCGUCAUAGUUCGUUCUGCGCCCAGUAAAUACAAUAAAACGUUAAGACCUUGCAGAUUUGUAUCUCCAUUUCCUCCAAUGGAGUUCUUGAAGUCACUAAAACUUAGAAGAAGAGUAAAGCUCUUUAACGUCUAAUAAGUAGACCGCGUUUUAUGGGCAAAAAUCUACAUUCGGACACGUUAAUGUUUGUGGUUUAAUGGCAAUUAAGACCCUUCCUGCACACUCCGAUGUCACAUACAAGAGUGGACAUGCGAUGCUUUCGUUCUAAACGUUCCACCUGACUUUCCUAGACCUUCGGAGCCGGCUAAGUAAAUUAAUACGUCAGUAUGUUUCUUAGAGCUUAUUAACUACUCCAGGUGCUCAGCUAUUUUCCUUGCAUCUCUGACAAACAGCUGAACGCAUGAAUAACGUACCGUGGGGUCCCGGAGCAGUCGGUAAAGCAUUUAUUGCAUUUUAAUUUCCACAGAAAUUAACUGCGAACCUGAAGUAGGUUAGCAUAUACUUAGGUCUACAGGCGCGGACCGAAAUUUACAUGUAUGAGUAUUUGGGCUGAAGUCCAUCGUCGAUAUUCUGCCGCUGCAUGGCGCAGCUGCGUGGGGUUCGGGUCGUCAGUGGGUCCCCCGGUAUUCCCUGUGUGUUUUCUGGUAGAUACUUCAAUCUUAAAAGAAGGCGAAGGCACGAUCACUGGGACAGUAAGUUUAUUUGCCUGAGCUUUCGAACUCGAACUAGAGUUCAUCAUCAGAGGUUACUCGAGUGCAGCAAAUUGUGAACAUUUAUAUCGUUCAUCCUUGCGGGGGCGGGAGGGGGAGUACGUCCGUCACUUUUUAAUUUCGUCAGAAAUCAUCUACGAAGUUGGAGUAGAUUAGUUUAUUCAAGGCCUAUAGGCUCAGACCGAGAAUUUUAUUUAUGAAUAUGUGGGUCGAAAUCCAUCAGUCACAGCGGGUAACCGCGUAAUAUUCAUUACCUGUCGACAGACAGCUAGUGGCAUACUCUAGGUUAAGGUGAUACCAUACUAACAGCACAGGUACUAGCCAAAAUCCCAUACACGCGUGUUUCGCCGAUAUUCUGCCUCUGCAUGGCGCAGCUGUGAGGGGUUCGGCCCGUCAGUGGAUCACCCAGCAUUCCGCGGCUGCUUUUUGGCGGGUAGUCCAGUUUAGAAAUCGUUGCUAGAAAUUAACUGCUAGCAUUUUCAAUCUCAGCAUCGUGUUUCGGUGUUCACGUACGUGCUUCUUACAAAUGCUGUCUUAUCCAAAACCAGCGCUUUUUGCCCAAUGACGCAUCACGCAGGGAAGGGGGGGGGAGGGAGGUGGUUAGAAACCGCACCCAUCAAACGAACACAUAAGUACUGCCGUGAUGCCGCCAUGGAGGUCUUCUUGUAGGUGAAUCUUAACAGAGUCGAGCAGGCUGGUUAAGAAAAAAAAUGAGAUUUUGACAAAUGUCAAAUGCGUGUAGACUACGGGCUUUGUUUAUCGAAUAUCAAAUUAAAAACGGAGUUCCCCAUAGCCAGCAGGAGGCAAGCUCGGGUCCAAGCGUGGCAGCUGAGUCUGUUUAAUCUCAUCCAGUGAUAAAUUCAUCAGAGGUUUGAUAUUGUCUGCCCACUUUUUAUUAUUAGUCUGCCUUACCCACUAUUCGCCAGGGAAGUAGGCAUACGAUUCACUUUCUUCAACUCACUGCGACCUUUUUCAGUGUGUUAAAAUAUGGCAUAGCAAAUUCUCAUUUGACUGGUAUUCACCCCUUCCCCCUCCCCUACACCCCGCCUAUGUUUUAAGAGGAAAUUUUAUCGAUUUCUCUUAUCGCAGACAUGUUUUACUUCUACCCCGUUCCCAUAUAACUGUACUGGUCAGACGAGAAUUUAUCGAAGGCUUCCUAAGCUCGCCACCUCGUUUUCUGAUUACUGCUAUGGGAAUCUUCGCAACUCUAAGACUUUCAUCUAUUGCGUUCGGUGUGAUUAUCUCGUUUACGUCGGUUUACUAAUCGCUACCACUUAAGCUGCAAUAAAGUUAAGCCUGUAUCGUCUAACAAAACUGUUGGAGAUGUGUUCUAGUUGAUUUAGGGGUGAUGUAAUCUGUAAAUACUAAGUGAUUUAUCAUAUCAACGAGUGCUUCGCUGAUCUUGUGUCGUUUGAUUAGGCAGCUGCGAAGGCCUCAGUUCAUUAAUGGAUCCCCCAUGUGCUUUUUAGUGUAUAAACUCCAGUUUCAGUGUUGACCUUCUUAAUUCCCCCUGAAAGUAUUUCACCAAAGUGGAGUAAAUCCUCCCGAUGAAAUCUUUUUAGACUCGCAAAAAAAACUGAGAUCUUCCAGCAACUUUAGAAUGACCGCGUGCUACUCACACUCUCCCAACAGGUAGUCAGUAGCAUGCAAACACUAGAUGCCUGAAAAUUGUGACAAUAAAGGUACUAGCUGAAAGUCCAGACACUCGCGCUUCUCUAGUCUUUUGCUGCUGCAUGAUUUAGUUUCAAGGGGUUCGGCUCAUAGGUAUGUACCUCAAAGUUUCCGUGUGCUUUCUGACCUAUAAACUCAGGUUCCCACGCUGUUUUUAUUUAAUUUCCAAGAGAAUUUAGAAAGGACUAUAAGGCGGCGAACUUAGACACCAUCCUGGUCGACGUCUCAGUACUUUUCGACCAACUGAAUUUCAGUUCGACUUACCCUAACCUGGUUUUUAAUCACCGAUUAAGUAUUGUCGGGUCCGUAAUCUGCACAUCGGGGGCACAUUUUAAUCGGCUUCUGCAAUAAAAGUAACUGCUGGAUGUUGAACUGGCUACUCAUGUGACCGGCUUGUGCGAAGUUCAAUAUCAUUGUCACCAGAAAGACGCCUGCAAGAGAGUAUAGAAGCGAGUAACUCUCCUCGGCAGAUCUUAAUCUCGGACUUGUGACACUGGCAAGUCAUAUGGCAAUGACGAUGACCCAAAAACUCCCUGAACUGUACUCCAACUGAACCACGCGUGCGCGCAUGGAUACGCACACCAGGGUGGGUGGGUGUGCAUUGCGGCUGCCUUGACUACAGCUCAGGACAGCGCAGUGCCUACACUCCAGCAGACGUCUCAGUCCGAAUUGCAGACACCUAGCACAAAAGUAUUAAUCGGGGGCAGCAACGACGGCGGAAUUUUUUCUAAGCACUAUUACUGUGUCUGGUUUCCAUUAUCUAGGCAAAAGAAGCACUGUGUGUCUUCACGAGAAUCAAUGUCACAUGUGCGGCGGCGUGUAUGCGCCCUCACUCGCCAUCGGUCUUCUUGACACCGGACCCAGAUGGGGGAGGAGGAGGAGGAGAGAGUUGGGUAGGUGCUGCGCAAGUCUAUAUUCACUAGGAACUAAAGCCAGCGCAAUUCACCGUGCUUGCUGCAAAUUGCUGUGGAGUACACAGUGGACGCCGUCAGCAACAACGGCCGGACUGUCAUGUGCGUCUGUGUGUACGUGUUUUGCCCGCUUUAGCGGGCCACGAGGCAGGACUAGAUCGGAGUCCGACAGGCGAAUGCCCGCUCAUAACAGCCAUUAACAUUGCGGUGUGGUGACACGCCAAGGCGCAGGCUCUCCUGCGCCAGUUGGGAAUUGGGUAACCCCUAUCUACUUGUAAUGCAAAUUCCUGGUCGGUGUGCGUUAGGGAUCAGGAGGUGUGCUGGCACGCCUGGGUGCGGGUUUCCGCUGUGGCGGCCACCUGCGUCCUGUUCCGCCUUCUGGUUUCUUGACAACGUCUUUUCACUGGAUUCAGGUGGGGGGAGGAGAGAGUGCGGUAGAUGCUGCGCAAGUCUACCAUCACUACAAACAAACUUACGCAAAGGUCACCUUUCCCUGCACACGGUGAAGAUCGUCGGUAACGAUGGUCGAACUCUUGUGUUCGUCUGUGUCUGUGUGCAGGAAGGAGGUUCCCCCCAAACCGGCCACGUGAUAGAUGUUCUGGAUCAACACGCGGGCAAUAUCAGAUUCUGGCAGGCGUUAUCGGAUUGCGCGCGGUAAUAAAGUGCUGGCAUUUCGGGGUGCGGUGGCAGACCCAGUUGUCGGCAGACAUGGCGCACACUGGGACUCCUGCCAUCCCCAUAUAGUUGUUGUUGUUGGUGAAAAACCUGGUCAUUUGCCAUGUGGCGGGCUCGACCGCGCCAUCCUCCUGCGCCCUUCCUCGCCUCCGGUCUUCUUGACUCUCUCUUGACACCGGACCCAGGUGGGGAGUUGGGAGGAGAGAGUGCGGUAGAUGCGGUGCAAGUCCACAUUCAGUAUAAACUGAUUCACGCACAAGUCACCGUCCCUGGACGUCGUCGGCAUCGACGGUCGAACUAUCGUAUCUGUGUGCAGGUGGGUAGGACUUUGGUGUCGAACGAUAGACUUAGAGGUGGAGACAUACGGACGGGUGAGUGCCAUGCUUUGUACGGAGGAUUUCACGUCAAGUCGACCACUGUCAUCGGCAUUAUCCGCACUUGGGGAAGCGAUGGGGCAGUGAGGGUACCCAGUACGGAUCUAAAUCUUUACGUCCCCGUUGCCAGGACAAGCUAUAAUCCGUGUCUUAGAAGACUUCCAUCUGAAGUGAUGAGUAAAUGCAAACUGCGAUGACUACUUCUAUACAUGGCAUCUAGGGCAAACAGCUUCGGCGAGAUAUCCAGAUGCUUAUUUUGAAAACCAGCUCGUGCGAAUGUGGAGUCAGUCACGUUAUUCACUGCGAGGACGUCCAUGGUGGAUCUGGGGAGGGCGGAGUGAGGGCGUUAGGCUAAAAGCCUCCCAUCAGUCUGAACCAUAUACUUCGUCACUGGUGUGGUGAUGUGAAUGAUAAGAUGAAGGUGAAGCAGUUGUCACUACUAGAUGCUUCAUCUUCGACCUGCCUUGCUUAAAAGUGACUAAAGAUACUGGCAUUCGUUUUUUUUAAUAUCCAUCCUGAAAAUCUUUGGUUUUUAUAACCAGUCUUAGGUAAGUAUAGAAAUACUUCCUCCCCAUAUGAUAAAAUAAAUAGAUCUCGAAUCUUAACGCAGCUCAAGAACUUUUACGGUUUUCCUAAAUGACCUAUUAUGAAACAAAAUUGGUGCAGAUGUCAAAAAUUCUACAAAUUAGCUAUACGAUCCGACGUUGCCUGCCUUCGCGAUUAUCAGCCUGUCAGGAAACAAAGCGGUAAAUUUUACAGUAAUCACAGAUAAGUAAAGUGUUGAAACUCCUUGACUUUUAAGCCGUUCCAGGAGAAAUUAUUAACUCCAAAGUGCAUAUAAUUUCUUCAGCGCAUAGGGGGCGUACUAGGAAAAAGUAUGAGUAAAUUUAAAUUGAAAUGGAAAAAAAUUAACCGACAAGAUAAACGGUUGUGUUGGGGCGUUCGAAAUGAAGGACUUUUUAAUUGAUUGAUGCUAUCGGUGCAGACGAAUUUAUUUGUGCGACUUCAGUUUUCGACUUUGAGUCGACAGUUUCGCAGACAACCACAUCUACCUUAGUAUAGUUUAGGGAUAUAUUUUCGAGAUUUCAGAGACGUGUAUUUUUUAUAAAGGCAAAUUCCACGAAAACAACUCAAAUCCUGAAAAUAAGAGAGAGCGCGCGCAACUUUGUCACGAGGCAGCGAUGGCCAUUAAUAGCUGCGUCUGGAAAUGUUGUGAAAGCAGACAGUUUUGUUUGCGACAAAGAACGCCUAGUAAACGACAUGCGUCGCAUAGUGGGAAUGCAGGCUAUGCUAAAACGACGUCAAAUUCGAUCGUAAUCUCCAAUAUUGGAGCAGAACUUGCGGGUGGUUCGAUAGGUGAUGGGCCUGCCCUGUCUACUCAGUCUCUGGUUUGCUGUCAGAAGAAAACUAAAAAGAAAACUUGAUUCAAAAGGACAAUUUAAUUGGAGAAGAACGAGCGUUCGAAGGUCACUAGAAAAUCAGCUUCGCUUAGACAAAUCUUUUGUCGUUAUGGCGUCUCCAUACAGUGGCUCCGAGUCAGAUCAAUGCCAUAGCGAUAUUGCCGACAAAAACAAGGGAGACUGGAAUGGCCAUUUCUGGCUUAUUAGCCGUCGUCGGCCGGUCACACCCAAUCCCGAAGCGUGGAACACCUGGGGCUCGAUCCUGCGACCUGUUGGUUAGAAGUCAAACGCAUUUAACCUCUGCCUUUAUUUGAAUAAUCUGUUAAGACCACGGUAUUGUUGGCAUGACAUUGUUUGGUAGACGCGGCGCCCACCGAUUGUUUUACGGAGCGCACUCGUCCCCUCGUUGUGCCUUGGGGCCCUCUCUUGCACAAGAAGCAGCCGCAUAGCGGCAGAAUAACACUACCGAUGAAAACCAACUGAGUCCGUGGCUCAGUGGUUAGAUGCGUUGGAAUUCUAACCAACAAAUCGCGCGGUCGAGCCCCAAGUGUUCCACAUUUCAGCUUUGGGUAUGACUGGCUGACGACGGUUAAAAGACCAGAAAUGAAUAUUCCAGUCUCCCUUGUCUUUGUCGGUAAUGCUAUCCGUCCUUUAGUACGCGCGGAUGUGCGGCUGCUGGUUGGGCUCGAGAGAGGGCCCCAAGGCACAACGCGGGACGUCUGGGGUUCGUAACAUGAUCGGUGUGCGCUCCGUUUGGCAAACGAUACCAGGUCAACCAUACUGUGGCCAUAACAGCUUAGUAAAAUAAAGGCAGUGGACUAGUACUUCUACCCAUUUUGAAACAAGAGGCACUUAAUACGGGUUUCAAUCUGUCUAUCUGCUCUUUUUACAGAAUGCUCUAAUUUGAAGAGCGGUCAGUAAUUUAAAUAACACUGCAGCGUGAUAUACGUUGUUUCAAUAGCUCGGAAAGGAAAACUUGUCAGCUCACAUCACAGUGCGCAAAUGAGCGGCUACUCCGACUCCUGCCCUAUGUCAGGCAACGCGGAGUUUCUGAAGCAACAAGACAUCAGGAGACACGGGCAGCCCGACAGGGUCUGCGGUUUCCACGCAGGUUGAAGCGUUAGCAUGCGUUGGGUUGAAUACCUACCUUACUCAAGACCCAUGCUUUCAUCCAUGCUUCCGCCUCUAAUUUGCCGCUCCUGAUCAGGAGAAGAGGCGAUCGCUGGAACAAGGGCUUUAUUCGCCUGAAGCCCGGGUCCCGGAUCUGCGCAUAAGUAGAACUCGCAUCUUCGCUUGUAUCUGCAAUUUUCCGCUCCUAUUAGGCGACACGUAAGUUCGUUAGCACAGCGUUUGACAUGGAGUCAAACCAGGGUUUUGUGCGGCCGAACUGUCAACGCGUGGCCAGAAAUGCGUGAUCCGACAGGUACGAAGGGUGCCGCGGAAGCAGCCUGUUUUCCCGCGAGGAGUGCGUGAGAGGAUGCUUCGCUUGCAGACGGCAAUAAGGAACCCCCUACUGUCGGUGAUCCUGCGCUACAUUUCAGGGUCAUAUCCACUUUCGCGUCCUGACACCAACCCUGUCCACCCCCCUCCCGUCCCGGAAUUUGGCGUAGGGCCAUCGGUAUAACGGGGAGGGGGGGCGGGGGGGGGGCGGAGAACUUAGUCCCAUGUCCUCUUGGUGUUUCUUUGGCCCCUCAGAGAAGGCAAGGCAAGACUCGUCUCAGGUGGGCUGCUGGAGCGCAUUGGGCUGGCUGACGAUGGGGAAUGAGCCAGAAACGGUCGUUGGGAGAUUGCUUUCGGAUUCGGCUUGUGACAUGUGAGUGAGCGGCGGAUGACGAGGCGGACCACCAUCCCGAAUUAAUUUUCCUUUAUUUUGCUGGCCUGCAGUCGGGCAUGUAGGAGGUCUUCCGAUCUGUUGUUGGGAAAUACAAACCACUCGUUGACCAAAAGAACAUUUAUGCUUAUCAAAACGCCACUCAUUCUGAGGAGAGCAGUGUGAAUGGACAGUACAAAAUAAAUAUGUUGGUGGCGUUGCCAGCCUUCUACCCUGUGUCAUAAAAAUGAAGACAGUCGGCUGGUGAGUGCAGUUAAAUUGUCACGUCUUUUGCUGAGGCCCUGCUCUCCGACAGAGAUGGAAAGGAGUCAUCGGAGGCAUCCGUGUCUGGUUGGCUUGCUCUGCCACUUCCAGGACCACUUAGGACUUCAAGGCGUACAAAUGCUUUUGCAAAUAAUCCAAAGUUGCAUGAAUCGACAGCGAGAUGGGCGUCUUGCGCGUCCACUGCGGUGAGGAAUACUCCGGUGAUGUCGACGGGAAAUUUACGGAUAGGGUUAUACUGAAGAGAACACUGUGGGUUGUGCGUAGUGUUUUGUCAUUUGGAUUCUGACUUCUUGCCCGUUCCACCCUGGACUUUCGGUUAAGUCCCCUGAGAACGUAAAACAAAUUUUCAAGAAGAAUUCACUUACCUCUCCAACUUACUUUAUCUCUGAACAGUUUUAGGCCACUGCCUGAUCCUAGCGAUGUGUCCUCGUGCAAGGGCUUUAGUCUGGGUUUUAACUUACAAGGGGGGUCAAUUAGACCCGACCAAUGGCGGCACUGUUAAUCGAUGCAAAAAGUUCUGCUUACGCCUUGAAUCCACGAGGAAAUCUACUGACAGUCAUAGGACAGAAUUUUUCAAUUUGUCAUGCGCCAUUAUUUGUCUGUUUAAGGGCCAAAUAUACAAUUAUUUUAUAGCCGUACCUGCAGUAGACAAGCUCCAACCCCGAACCUUGACCCCUAAUCCCUAACCUUAACCCUAACCCCAACUACUUACCUCAGCCCUAACCCCUAACAGUUACGGCUACGAAAUAAGAUCUUGCCCAUGAUACCUUACUCUUCCCAAUUUCCGGAUGUAUACAUAUGCCCAUUGUUAUUUUGAACUGACUUUUCUCGAUUUAUAAACAUGAGUCCGAUUAUUUCCAGUUCAGUGAAGGGUUAUUCCUAGAACGAGAACAUUACCUGCUGCAAUCCAUUCCGUGAUACUUUACUCAUGGGUGUAAGUUUCCAAAAUCCUGCAUGUCUCUAGAAUUUCCGCCUAAUAGUGCGUUAUACAAAAAGGUGCUUUAUCUGCAGCUCUGGCGCUAUGCGCCGGAAACUAGUUCUGUCCUUGAAUUAUCCACAGAGGCUGAAUUUGGGAUACAUGCCAAAACAGUAGCACAUACCUUAUACCACACUUUCAGGUGCAUUUAAUCACUAAUGCACUAAUAGACUAAAACUUCUAUAAGAACAAUGGAAAAUAGGGAGGUUGCGGACAGUGCGCUUCCGAACCGUAGAAAUAACUCUCAGUCAGUAAUAUCAAUGUCGGGAGUUCAGGCUCCAGGCGUUCCACACUUCGGGGUUGGGUAUGAUUGGCUGACGACGGCUAAUAAGCCAGAAAUGACCAUUCCAUACUCCCUUAUAUUUGUCGGUAAUAAUAUACGGCCUAUAAAAUGCGCCACUGUGCGACGGCUGGUUGGGCUCGAGAGAGAGUCCAUAAAGCAUAACGGAACGAGUGAGUUCAGUAAGAACGAUCGGUGAGCGCCCCCUACCAUUGUAUAUUCCCGAUCGAAACCGACAGGACAGCGGGCUCGUGGCUCAGUAGUUAGAGGCGUGGACUUCUAACAGGUGGCAAGCUCGAGCCGCGAGUGUUCCACACUUCAGGGUUGGGUAUGGCUGGCUGACGACGUCAAAUCAGCCAGAAAUGGUCAUUCCAGUCUCCCUUGUCAUUGUUGGCAAUAACACACUACGUAACAUGAACCAUCUCUUCAAUCUGUAGGUUGAAAUGCCAACGAAAAAGGACACGAAGCCUGACAGAGAAGAGCGCAGUGAUGGCUGGAGUAAGCAGUUCCGCGUAGAUAGCAGCGGUCUGCAAGUAAUCGGCAGCGGCUUAAUGCGCACGGGCACCACCAGUCUGAAGUGUGCGCUGACACAUCUCCUAAAGGCGCCCUGCUACCAUAUGUACACUCUGGUCCGCGAACUCCGAGAACCUGCCCUGCGGAAGUGGGUGGAAACCUUUGAACUGCGCAGUUCUCUUCGCGACGACGACUCAGCCGGCCGAAAAAGGCUGUUACAAAUGCUGGCAGAUAACCUGCAUGGUUUCGCUUCUGCGGUUGACUACCCCACUUGCGUUUUCUACCGCGAACUCAUGGAGAUGUUUCCGGAGGCAAAGGUGGGUGGUUUAUUGAGAGCUGGUUUUUUUGCAGUUCAGCUUUUGCUCCUGAAUCUGGGGUUGUAACCUACUGUACUUACAAGGAUAUCCGAGUCCCCUGUCGGCUGAGGGUGAUCAAGGCUGCUAAAAUUCUGUGAAGCAGAGACUAAUGUCACAGGCGGCAGGCCGAUCAGACUGCGAUCCACAGUUGCUCGCGAAUGUAGGUCGUUGGACUCCUGCCUUUAGAACGUUUCUGCACUUUUUUCUCAUACGGGUGAAGACGCAUUCAGCAAUUCCAGCCGCCAUUAAGAAUGAUACUCAGUGCCCAACCGCGACUUAGUCGAUCACUCAUGUGCCUAUAAUACAUCUAAAAUAACUACUAAUACAACAUCAGUAGCCUGUUUUGUCCGAUGUCAUUAAACGGGAAACGACUCAAGGCAAACCUUGGGCUUGCUGACAUUUGUUGCACGAAGAAACUACUUGCCUAGUAGGAAAUGCCUGAAACGCUAUUCAUACGACGUUAUCAGCCGCCUCACGGAAGCCAGAAAAGUGCAUUCCAGUCCGUUUGCAUUGUGCAAUACACGUUUCUUCAGUAGAGUGUGUUUAGCAGCUGUCACGAGUUCAACAUAUGUCCACGGAUUUUCCCUUUGGUUGAAACUAUGCCUGAUUUUUAAGGUUAUUCUGACAGUCCGCGACGCUGACGAUUGGGUCGCCAGCUGCCGGGCCACAGUGAUGUCAAGGGAAAUGCUGCAGAAGCCAACGCCCGGCCGCCGUCUGGUGCAUUGGUUUACCGACACAAGCAGUCUCCUGGAGCUCCAUGAGGCCAUGUUUAAAUGCACCUUUGGGGAAGACUUCCUUCAUGUCUCCGAUGAUGAACUCAAAAAGGCCUACCUACGGUGGAAUCAGGAGGUGAUUGCUACCGUACCCAAAGAACGCCUCCUCGUUUUCAACGCCCAGGACGGUUGGGAACCUCUCUGUGACUUUCUUGGUCUUGAAGUGCCCACUGGCAUGCCUUAUCCCCACGCCAAUCGAAGAAUUGAAAUGGCUCAACUGCUCAACACCCAGUUUAAGUGGGGACACAUGCUGAAUUGCCUGAUCCUCACUCUGGUCUGCGGCAUGCUACUCCUCUCUGCAAUGAUGUUCUGUCAGAAAUGUGACCUUAGUUCAUUUUUCUAA